AUGAUGAAGGGUAAUUCUCUCUUCAAAUGGACUCCAGAAGGGAAGCAAGCUUUCCAUCAUAUCAAAGAAGCCAUGGCAAAUGCUCCAGUCUUAGUGUGCCCAGAUUAUUCUAAGGAGUUCAUUCUGUAUAGCUAUGUGUCAGAUCAUACUUGUUCAGCUAUACUAAUGCAAAGAAAUAGUGAAGUUGUGGAAUCACCUAUUGCAUUCAUGAGUUAUCUAUUGAAAACUCAUGAGUUGAAAUACUUAGAAAUGGAGAAGCAUGCUUUUGUCAUGGUGAAAGCGGUUAAACAUUUUAGGUUCUAUAUUCUGAAUUCACAUGUCAUUGCUCUUGUUCCUGAUGUUGUUGUCAAGUCUAUUCUGACACAAAAAGAGUUUGGGACUAAAAGGGGCAACUGCGUUGCCAAGAUUCAAGAAUAUGAUAUGGAAAUCAAGCCCACUAAUUUGGUUCAUGGGAAAGGUUGUCCUGCACAUCUGUCAAGGAAAGAAAAGCGAACCUUAAAGCUCAAAGUAGUGAAUUUUGUCCUAUGGGAUAAUGGUUUGUACAAGAAGGGUCUAGACGGCAAUUUCCUGUGCUGCGUGGACAAACAACAAGAACUAGAAGAAACAAGGGCUGAAGUGGUGGAUAGGAUUACUGCACACCAAAGCCAAGUGAAGGCAUUGUUCGACAGGAAAACAACUUCUCGUGACUUCUCAAUUGAUGGUUCCCCAUUCUCGCUACCUCAUAGCGGAGAACAUUUGAAGCUCUUUACUCAAAAGAGAGUGAUGAUUGCAGUUUUCCCUGCAGUUCGGACUUUAAAGUCUGAACUGCAGGUUCAGGUUUUAAAACCCGAACUGCGGUUUGUUUUAGACUGCAGAUUGGGUUUUAAAACCCGAACUGCAGACUAUCUUUGUCUGCAGUUCAGACUUUAA